CACAAUUCAGAGGCUGCUGCCUGCCUGGGAGGUUGUAGGAAGCUCUGCAGGUUUUCUCUGUGUGUCCUACAGGGCUCCCAGAGCCAGGUCCCUGUUUGAUGGCAGUUAUGAAAAAAUACCUCCUCCCUAUCCUGGUGCUCUUCCUGGGCUACUACUAUUCUACAGAUGAAGAGUUCAGACCAGAAAUGCUCCAGGGGAAGAAAGUGAUUGUCACCGGGGCCAGCAAAGGGAUUGGAAGAGAAAUGGCAUAUCAUCUGUCGAAAAUGGGAGCCCAUGUGGUAUUGACUGCAAGGUCAGAGGAAGGUCUCCAGAAGGUGGUGUCUCGCUGCCUUGAACUCGGGGCAGCCUCUGCUCACUCCAUUGCUGGCACUAUGGAAGACAUGACAUUUGCGGAGCAAUUUGUUGUCAAGGCAGGAAAGCUCAUGGGUGGACUGGACAUGCUCAUUCUCAACCACAUCACUCAGACCUCUAUGUCCCUCUUCCAUGAGGAUGUCCACUCCUUGCGAAGAGUCAUGGAGGUCAACUUCCUCAGCUACGUGGUCCUGACCACAACUGCCUUGCCCAUGCUGAAGCACAGCAAUGGUAGCAUUGCCGUCAUCUCUUCCUUGGCUGGGAAGAUGAGCCUGCCUCUGAUUGCUUCCUACUCUGCAAGCAAGUUUGCUCUGGAUGGGUUCUUUUCUGCCAUUAGAAAAGAAUACUUACUUUCCAACGUCAACGUGUCCGUCACUCUCUGUGUCCUGGGCCUCAUCGACACAGAAACGGCUAUGAAAGAGAGCUCUGGGGUAAUUAAUUUGCAAGCUUCUCCCAAGGAAGAGUGCGCCCUGGAGAUCAUCAAAGGCACAGCUCUGCGCAAAGAUGAGGUGUACUAUGACAGCUCCUCUUGGACUCCAAUCCUGCUUGGGAACCCAGGAAGGAAGAUCAUGGAAUUUCUUACAUUACGGAGUUAUAAUAUGGAUCGAUUUGUAAGCACCUAGGCGCUCCUGCAGCCUGGUGAGGGGUCAGGAACAGUCCUGCCUGAUAUUUCUGUGAGUCCUACCCACAAAAGCAUCUUCCCAGAGAUACACAAGUUUUGAGGUACACCUCAUUAUGAGAAAUUCUUGCAACACUUGCAGAGUGAAAAUGUAAUUGUAAUAAAUGUCACGAGCCACUUUGGAGCCUGCGGUUGUGAACCUGACUGUAACUAUGGAUAUCAAUACACAGUAGUCUAUCAACUUUACCUCGUACAGAAUGAAACAAUGAUGCCUAAUGUAACGUUAAGUAUAAUAAAGGUAAUAUCAAUUUUGUAAAUGUAAAA